AUGUCUUGGUUAUUAGUUAGAUCAAGAAAUGGAAAGACGGCUCUCGUAAAGAGAAUUGCGGUUCAAACCACCAUCUAUGUGCUAUGGAAAGAAAGAAACUGCAGGAUCCAUCACAACAUCUCUCUUAGUGCAGAUUGCAUAUUCAGGCAAAUUGAUAGAGCUAUCAGAGAUACGUUACUCGCAAGACGUUUCCGCAAGGGUUGUAAUGAUCUUCUUUCUCUUUGGUCUGCUUUUAGCUAA